AGAUUAAAGGUGACACAAUGGCCCAGCCAGCUGUUCUGCGGAUCAUCUUUGGAGAUGAGUCUGACUCAAGAAAACUGCACCUGGUUUCUGGAAUCCCUGCAACAACUGAUGAUUUACACACAAUAGUAAAGACUUCAUAUCAGAUAAAAGAGGACUUCCGCCUGCAAUACAUGGAUACUGACUUCAAUGACUUCAUGAACCUUACUUCAAUGUCUGAAAUUCAAAAUAAAAGCACUCUGAAGGUUAUAUAUCUAGCACCCUCACAGCCCUAUGUCACUUUAUACCCUGUUGACUCAUUUGAUGAGAAUGCAGGUGCUACUUAUGCUGACACUCACACCCCAGCUUCGUCUUUAGCCUCAUCCUGCAGUGAUGAUACUCUACACACUUCAACUCCUCAUUCAAGUCCUGAAAGACAGUCCUCCACAUCAUCCUCAUGGCCAAAUGUGUUUGUGGUCCCAAAAUUCACUUAUGAGGCUGAAUUUGAGCUGCAGCAAAAAGAUACAGAGUUUGAGGCAAAUGGCACAUACUUCAACCCUGGACCAAAGCUGAAAGGAGUCAUCUUAGAUGGCCUUGCACAGGAAAUGAUGAGGUACACAAAAUACCCUAAAGACUAUCAGUGUGAAGAGGUAGCAGCUGCUUUGACGAGGGCUCAUCCUUGUUUAGGGCAGCUUGGAUCUAAGACAGGAUUUUGGGGAUGGAAACAAUCCCUCAAGUAUAAAAUGCAGAACUAUCGAACAAAACUUGGACGACUUGGACAUCCUGAAAUUCGUGUGAACUCACUGAAGCACAAAAAGGAAGGCCAAGGCAAAGCAGCAGCCAACAUUAAGAAACCAAGAAAGGCUGAAGUUCAUUAUGUUCCUCUGCACCCAAAAGGUGAAAGUUCAGAAAGCCUGGAAAAAGAGAGAGUUGUCUUGUUAUCAGAAGUUAAAAAACGGGACAAUGAAGUGGUGAUAAAAGAGAAAAUGCAGAAAACAUUCUCCAGCAGACGAUUAGAGAUUGUGGAGCAGAGACCCAUGAUUGAGGACAUUCAAGAAAGAUGGCCAGCCCUGUUUCAUGAGAGCGAAGUGAAUGCAGAGUUUCUACGCAUCACUACUAAGCCUCUACAAACAAAGUUCAUGUCUCAGUUUGACCUCCUCUCAGACAAACUGAUGAAGAUUUUGGAGAGCAAAGGAGGCUUGAAGGGGCAAAAGAUCAAGGCCGUCUUAGCCGGAAAGGAAUCUGCCACUGAGGAUGCUGAGAGAGACAUUGCAGCAACUGUUAUGGGAGUUUACACAGUUGUAAGCCAUGGAGAAGAUGAGCCAAAGGAUGUCGGAAUUGUGAUUGAAGGGAGGAAAGUCCUUCAGAACAUAGACAGUGUGAUGAUGGCUUUCAUUAUGCUGUUUGGACUCAUUUAUGCUCUGGAUUUGAACUAUCCAGAUAACCUUAAGUACACCUUUGAGUUCUGUCAGAAGAUCAUAAUGAAUCUGGAUGGACACAAACUAAAUGCAAAAAUACAGCAGCUGAAAAUCAAGUUGUUUGGUUGAGAGUCAACAUAAUGUGAAAAGUAUACUGCUGAGAAUGUUUGUUCUUAUGUGAAAAAAAACUGAU